CGUGCCGUAUUCCAUUUACAAACACAGUAAUAUGCAGCAAUCGUGUAGCCUGCGUCGGCCGGCGCCCGAAACCAGUAGGUCGUCGACUCGGUCGCUCGGACACCAACGGAUACAGAACUAUAAGCUCAUAUCCUUAAUAUGUCGAGCUAAAGGGAGUCGGAAGGCAGGAGCAGAUGGCGAGGCUGCACCUGCGCCGAGCCCGUCCGCCUCCGCCAGUGGGAGGGGUACGCGUGACGGCUCCGCGUCGCAGCAGCGGAAGCCGCGGCGGACAGAUGCAGAGCCUACUUCGAGCACAACGGCGGCGAUAGCAGUAACGGGGGCACCAUCUGCGCCCACUGUCACAGCAUCUCCACCAGCGCCAACGCCCGCAAAGGCCGCAGUAGCGGCAACCGGCGGCGGCGGUGACUCACAGCAGCAAUUGUUGUGGGCCCCGGACGCCGACGCCAGCCCGUCAUAUGACCCAUGGUCGGACCCCCGUGUGCUUGAGGAGCUAGAGGCGCGAGAGAUCCCCGUGUUGGAGGAGCUGACGACUGCACAGCACGUCAUCACGGUCGACAACUUCCUGCCGGCGCCCCAGGCGGCGGAGCUGCGUGGCGUGUUCGACAGCCGCUUCGCAGACCCCCGCGCCUGCCACCCGGAGCGGUUCCUGUGGGACUACUGGCACGUGCCGGACCAGUACACGCUGGUACGAACCCAGGCGGCGGUGUAUUUCCCCGACGAGCUGUACGGCAGGCUGGAGGAGGCGCUGCUGUCGUACGGCGAGGCGGCGCUGGGCUGCCGUGCCAUCAGCCCCAUCUGGAUGAGCUACUACGUGGAUGGCUGCCUGCAGGAGCUGCACUGUGACAACCCGCAUGGCCCUUUUGCAUUCGUGCUAUCGCUCACGCCCACAACCGACUGGUCGCAACGGGAGUUUGUGGGCGGCGAGACCAUGAUCCUGCAGCCGCACGUGCUCAACUACUGGCGCAACUACGACCCCCGUAAGGGCAUGGAGCUUCAGCACCUGGUCACGCGCGUGCCCUCGCCCUUCAACCGCCUCACCGUGUUCGACCCGCGCUUCCCGCACGGCGUGCGCGAGGUGCGCGGCACCAGGGACCCGCGCAAGGGCCGCCUCGUGCUGCACGGCUGGUUCACGGAGCCGGCCCCGUUCUUCGACGGGCCGCUGGAGGCCGCUGACGCUGAGGUGGCGCUGAACGAGGGCUUGGAACCGCUGUGGGAGGCGCUGGAGGCCGUCAGUGGCCUCAUCACGGGCACCCUGAUCGCCCGGGUGAACAUCAGCGGUGCGGACGGCUCAGUGACAGACCUGAGCUGGCUGGCGGACACACUGGUCGAGGUGCCCAACCACGACCGCGCCGCUGCGGACGCGAUGCUAGAGGAGCGUGUGCUACCGCGGCUGCGGGCGCUGGUGCACAACGAGGUGCGGGACUGCCUGAUGGGGCUCAGCUUCCCGGCGGCGGGCGCGGGCAGAGACACCAAGCUCACUUUCCCCAUCGUUUUUGAGUGAGGGCAGGGCGCUGAGGGUUGCGGCCAGAGAUUCUGGUUGGGCCGUGGGUUGACGGCGGGCAGGUACGGCAAGGAAUGUGGUGGCGUACCCCGGCGGUGAAUGUGCAGCGGAGCCCUCGGCGUACCCCGGCUAUGUCCAGGAGAUGAGGUAGACGCUUUCGGCCUCACUUUUGGCCUCAGCUGCGGGGCUGCGCGGGGCGAGGCCAGGACAUGGAGUCACAUGGCAUACGGGUGCGGGGUCGCAACAGGCGGGAGCGCCCGAGACGGACGACGCAGGGUGCAGGAGCUGUAUACUAUACUAUAUACAGGGCUGCGCCCUUGGCUUGUGGGUGAGGGCCAGUGCCGUUUGAAUGGCGGCAGAGGUGGCGAUGUGACUCAUGUGGCAAACCGGAGGGCAAAGCUCGUGAUGGAACAUGGCAAGGGGCAGGAAAGCGUAGUCCCGAUGUGUGUGGCUCCCACCCGUGCCCACAUAAAUGCGUAGCAAGAAGGGACAAGGCAUUGGUGCGUCGUUCGCGCGCUGUUACUGUACCGACGGUA